AUGGAAAUAACCCGGGUUAGUGACAUAAGCUAUGAUGAAUUUGCAGAAAAGCAUUUGUCCAAAAACCUACCGUGCUUGUUUGAUGCAAAAUUCACCAGAAAUUGGAGGAGUCGGGUAGAAUGGGUUGACAAAAAUGGAAAACCAUGUCUGCAGUUCUUGAAAGUUGUUUUUGGAGAGGCCGUUGUUCCUGUUGCUGAUUGCAAUCAAGUUGAAUUUAACUCCCACCCAAAACUUUCAAUGUCUUUUAGUGACUUCAUUGAUUAUUGGGAAGGAAAAAAGGAAAAUUUGCCAGAUACAAGAAAUUUGUAUUUAAAAGAUUGGCACUUUUGUAAGGACUUUCCAAACUAUAAUGCCUACGAGAACCCUCCAUUAUUUCAAGCAGAUUGGCUUAAUGAAUUCUGGGAUUACUGGACAGACAACAAGGAAGAUUAUAGAUUUGUUUACAUGGGACCAAAAGGAACUUGGACUCCAUUCCAUGCUGAUGUUUUCAGGUCUUAUAGUUGGUCUGCAAAUAUAUGUGGCCAUAAGAAAUGGAUCUUGUACUCUCCUGGUUGUGAAGAGCACUUAAAAGACAAAAAAGGAAAUCUUGUUUUUGAUCUUAGAUCAUCUGAAAUUCACAAUCCUCAAAAGUUUCCAGAUUAUCUCAAGGCAGCACAACCAUUGGUGGUUCACCAAAAAGAGGGUGAAAUAAUUUUCAUCCCAAGCUGUUGGUAUCACCAGGUUAUAAACAUGGAAGACACAAUAUCCAUAAACCAUAACUGGAUAAAUGGACAUGGAGUGGUGAAUUCAUGGCAGCAUCUAAAAAAUGAAUUGAAAUUGGUAAAAUAUAGCAUACGCGACUGCCAAGAAAUGGAUGAAUGGAAUAAACAGUGUCAGGUGAUACUUCUUGCAAACUGUGGAAUGGAUUUUGAAAUCUUUUACAAAUUGAUCAGUUGGAUCUCGUAUCACAGAGUUUGUAUUUUAAGAACAUUGUGUCAACAAAAGUUUAGUUUUGAAGAUGACUAUGCCCAGCUACUUAGUUUGAUAGCGGCUACUGAUAUAAACUUAUCAACAAAAGAAGAAAUUAACUCCACUAAGAAAAUAAUGAAAGGUGAACAAUAUGCAUACCUAACAUCCAGCAAUUGUCUCUUUGAUUUAAGGAGAAUAACUGAACUUCUAAAACAGUUUGUGCUUCAUGAAGAUGUAGAAAUGAAACUAAGAACUCAAAGCUCGCACUUUCUCAAAUACUUGAUAGAUAUCCUAAAGCAGUUUUUAAUAUAACUAAUAUAAAAGAAGAUUUAAUGUUAACAUAGUGCGCUCAAUCACUUAUAAAUUGUGAUGCAUUUACAUCUUAAUACGAUAUGAACACUUUUGGUUUCUCAAAUUAAAUCUUAUUCUAUUCUA